AUCAGAUUGAAUAGUUAAGAUAAUUAUCCGGAAAUAAAUAUUUUCACAUGACGUCACCGUGAACGACAGGAACCAUUGUUCAGUUGUGUUGCUUAACGAUAAUGAAAUAUGUGACUCACAACAUCCGGUUUGUCCUAGAAACCGCCAUAUCAGGGCAAGGCGGAAUAUUAUAGCUCUCAAAUCACAACGAAUAUUUACUAUGUCUCGAUAGCGAGUACAUGAUAUUGCUUUUAUUACUGUAUUCAUUUCGAGAGGUUUUAUCCCUAUAUGACGUCAGAAAUGAACCGUUUUAACCCAGCUGUCACGGUUGACGAGUACCUCGCGGAGAGUAAUGUGCUGUUUUACCUGAGUGAUGCUUUAGCCCAGCUGCUGGAACAUAAAGAAGAAUACAGUAAUUUUGGUGUGAUACGCUACUUCGCUGAAUAUUUCAGCAGCGUGAAGAAUAGUAACCACAUCCUCUUUAGGGAGUUUAACUACAUCAGGGCCACUCCUCAUAACAGAGCCUCAUUCAUCAAAGUCUUCUGGAGAUGUUACAGACAGAUUGGCAAGAGUGGAGAUAUGCUGUCUGUAUUGGAGUAUAGCUCCCUACUUCAGUUACUAUGUCCAGACUUCCCAUUGGACAUAGCAAAGAGCGCUUCCAAAAUUGUUUUGAUGGAUGAGAGCGUAGACUCCUUGAUGUCUUUCUCAGACUUCCUUUACGCCUUCCAACUACAGUUUUACUACCAAGAAUUCCUUGAGAGUGUGCUGCUGAUUUACCAAGACCUGUUAGCUGGAAAGAGUCCAAACACUGUCAUUGUUCCCACAUCCGCUUCUGUGGAACAGCAUCCCUGCUUGGUUAUAGAGGAGAAUAACAAGGAGGAAAAAAGAGAUUUUGAGAUGGAGGUUUCUACUCUGGCUGGGUGCAUCGAUGCCCUCUUUGACCGCUUCAAACACAGUCUUCCUCCCAGGUCGUGUUUAAAAGAAGCAAUGGAAGAAACUGACAAGAUGUCGUGGUACAGCUUACUAAGGAGCCUGGCUAAACAUGACAUCAUAAACCAAAGCAUUGGAGCAUUACCGAGUAAGACGGAGGUCCUGAAUGACCCAGAGAUGGACCAAGAACUGGACAAACUCAUUGCUCAGAUCUCCGUCAGUCCCAGCAGCAACAGUAGCGGCAGUGCGGUGGGGAUGCUGAAAGAGGUGCAGAGGAAAGCAUCCCCCAGGAGAAGCAUCCACCACAGGAGGAAGAUGGAGGUGGAGAGUGAUGGCUCCACCGAGGAGACGGAUUCCUCCGAGAACUGAGUCUUGAACACUUGAAUUGUGACCUUUGAACUACCUGUGACACAUCACACCUUCCAUGGUGGACAUUUUUUUUUUUACAUACUAUAAAUGUUCUUGCCUGUGUAAACUCACACUUUAGUUUCAAUUAGGUUAGAACGGUGGCAGAUCAAGAGAAGUAUUAGCUGUUCGACUUGACUGAACAAAUGUAUUAAUAUUAUUUAAUACUAGAAAACAUAUUAAACACUGUGAAUCUUAAUGCUGUCAUGCACAUGUCCAUUAGCUAUACACUGAACUGUUUACUGCAUAUAUUUAUUCAUUUUCAGGUAUUGAACAAAAAAUGGGGUGUGGCCUGCUGCACAUUAUGAAAAUUAACUUAACAGGAAAACUCAAUCAGUGGUAAUUUCACAAGAAUUAAGUACAAAUAUUAGACAAAAAAGUCAGAAUUUCACAGUAUUAUGAGGAAAAAUAUAAUUUUAGUCGCAUGAAGAUGAAAUGGUAAAGAAAAAAGUUAAGGAAACCGUUAUUAUUACAUUGUUACAAAUUCAUAAUAUGAGAAGAGAACAAAAAGGGAGUAGAAAUAUUUGGAAAAUUAUGAAUUUGUGUAAAAAAAUGUUAUUUCAGUACCAUUUCACCAAAAGUGGCUGCACCCAUAGAAAAACAUGACGUGAAUAUAGAUCAUCACUUAUACAUAUUUCUAAUAUUUGCUUAGAAAUUGGUUCUUCUGACAGUUAACUGACAAUAAGAGAAAUAAAUAAUGUAACCAUAUGCUGUUGUAAAUGUGAUUUAUUGACAAGAAUAGCCAUCAUCAACACCAAUCUGUGCAUAAUCAACAUCUAUAUCAUGCAGUGGUUCCUCCAUAUUUUGGUCAAACCUAUAUAGAAUAAUAGCUUCUAUACAUACAUACAGCCUGUAUACAUGAUGUUUAUUAAUUAUGUACAUUAUAUCCCUAAGAUGUUGAAAUUACAAGGGGUGAAAUUAAAAAGCCACACAACCAAUCUGGAAUCACUGGCAUGGAAAGCUUUGAAUUUUUGCUAUUAUUAACUGAAAUAAAUAUUCAUGUCAGUCAUCUUAAAUGUACAAAGUAAUCAAGCUGCAAGAACAACAUAGAGACAUCAGAAAUAAUUAUACAAAAAAAUAAAUAAGUAGGCACUAUUUUGUAUAACACAGUGUGUAUUACAUGCUUAAAACUGAUGAUAAAUACUUCUUUACCUUGGGAAUAUUAGCUGUUUUUACCUUCAAUACUCAUGACGCAGCAUCAGGAGCAACUGAGGGUUUAUCUUGCGAUGUCCUAUGUGAGGACAGAGGAUCGCACCAGCAACCUCUAGGUGGGUAGGUAAUUACUCUACCAUCUGAGCCAUGUCUCACCAUGGGGCCAAAAAUACAAAUAUCCAAGUUUAAAUCUAGCGAAUGUGAUUUUUCAUACAUUAAUAUGAAUUUGUAUUCUAGUCAAGUAAAUAUUUCAACAUUAACCCACAAGAACCCAGACUUGUUUCUGCUUAUAAAAUAACGAGGGGUGUGACAUUCUCUAAAAAAAUAUUUUUUUGUUCAUAUUUUUUGGGUAUCUGGAACAUAUUACAUUAUUUCCUAUGGAAAAAAAAUGACCUCAGUUUUAAAAAAAAACUGAGCUACCACUGUACUUUACUUUGGGUCUUCAUGACUUAACAGGUAAAGACCAAAGCUGUACGGUGUAGGGAUGAUUUUAGUACAUUUAAAGCAGGGGUCUCAAACACGCGGCCCGCGGGCCAAAUGUGGCCCGCAGGACACUAGUUUGAGGCCCCCGCCUUGAUAUGAAAGUUUAAUGUUAGUGCGGCCCGCGCAAGUUUGAUAUGGAUGCUGUAUGGUAUCAUGUACCCAGAAAAAAUUAUUACGUUUGAUUAAUGUUCAUGUUAAAGGUUAAAUAACUUUUAAUAGUUAUCCUCCCUAUCCGUGUGGAAGUGGUGAGUUU